AUGAGCGAAUCAAAAUCAAAUCAAAAUGCUGCUGCUGCAUCAUCAAAUAUUCGUCAACCACGACAACGUAUGGUACAAAAUUACCUUCUCCUCUGGGUAGAUGCCAACAUCGACCAAGCAAACAAGGACUGUCAGAAUACACUGGCUCAACUGAAGAGCGUGGUCAACGAUGUCAACGUAUGCACGGAACCGAAUCAGUGCAUUCAAGUACUCAAGAAGAUUGACAAGGAACAAGCCUUUGUGAUAACAUCAGGCUCAUUAGGUCAACAUUUGGUUCCUGAAAUUCAUGACACACCACAGCUAGAUGCCGUUUACAUCUUUUGUGGCAACAAAUCCAGACAUGAGGGAUGGACUCAAAAUUGGACAAAAAUCAAAGGUGUCCAUACAAAUAUCAAAGAUAUUUGUCAAGCAUUACAAUUGGCUGUUAAGCAAUGUCACCAGGACACAAUUGCCGUAAGUUUUCUUACGAUAAAUGAAAUGGCUUCAACUGAUAAUUUAAAUCAGUUGGAGCCAACUUUCAUGUAUACUCAACUGUUCAAGGAGAUUCUCCUUGAUAUGGAAUACGGUGAAAAGGCAAUCAAGGACUUAGCACUUUGUUGCCGUGAAGCUUUUACUGGCAAUGUAACUGAAUUAAAAAUUAUCGAUAAAUUUGAACGUGACUAUGAUCCACAAAACGCGAUAUGGUGGUAUACACGUGAGUGUUUUACCUACAAAAUGCUCAAUCAAGCACUUCGACUAAUGGAUGCCGAUAUAAUCAUUAAUAUGGGCUUCUUUCUACGUGAUGUACAUCAACAAAUUAAGCAGCUGUACGAACAACAGGUCAGUAGUUAUGGAGGAAAACCUUUUUUAGUUUAUCGAGGACAAGGUCUUAUGAAAUCAGACUUUGAAAAACUUCAGAAAGUAGAAGGUGGACUAAUGUCAUUUAACAAUUUCUUGUCUACCAGUAAAGAUAAAGAAGUGUCCCUCGGCUUUGCUGGGCGUGCUUCAACAAAACCAGAUAUGGUCGGCAUUCUCUUUAUAAUGUCCAUUGAUCCUCGUUUAAAAUCAACGCCAUUUGCUUCCAUCAAAGAGGUGAGUUAUUUUAAGGAAGAAGAAGAAAUUCUCUUCUCAAUGCAUACCGUCUUUCGAGUUAAUGCAAUUAAUCAAAUGGACAGUAAAAAUCAACUGUAUCAAGUUGAAUUAGAAUUAACAUCGGAUGAUGACCAACAACUACGAGUACUUACUGAUCGGAUACGAGAAGAAACUGAUAGUAGUACUGGAUGGAAAAGAUUGGGUAACGUAUUGGUUACAAUUGGUCAAUUUAAUAAAGCUGAAGAGCUUUAUAACGUAUUACUCGAACAAACAUAUGAUGGGAGUGAAAAGGCGCUUUAUUAUAAUCAGAUAGGGGUUAUCCAUGCGAAUCAAGGUGAUUAUGAAAAGGCUAUUUGGUAUUAUGAACAAGGACUUGAAAUUACACAGAAUACUCUUCCCUCAAAUUAUCUGGAUUUGGCUACUUCAUACAACAACAUCGGUAGUGUGUAUAACAAGAUGGGAGAGUACUCGAAAGCACUUGCAUCUCACAAAAAAGCCCUUGAAAUUCGACAAACUCUUCCUUCAAAUCAUUCUGAAUUGGCUAAUUCAUACAACAACAUCGGUCAUGUGUAUGACAAGAUGGGAGAGUACUCGAAAGCACUUUCAUAUUACGGAAAAGCACUUGAAAUUCGACAAAAAACCCUUCCUUCAAAUCAUCCUUCAUUGGCUACUUCAUACAACAACAUCGGUUUGGUAUAUGACAUGAUGGGAGAGUACUCGAAAGCACUUUCAUAUUACGAAAGAGCACUUGGAAUCUUUCAAAAAACUCUUCCUUUGAAUCAUCCUUCUUUGGCUACUUCAUAUUGGUGCAUAGGAAGUUUGUAUUACAAUAUGAAAGACUAUUCGAAAGCACUAUUAUAUUUGGAACGGGCUCUGCACAUAUUUCAACGAGCAUUCCCUCCAACUCAUCCUAGUAUUAAAACUGUGAGAGAGAGUAUUGAAGUUGUAAAAAAAGUAAUUAUAAAUAAUAAGUGA